AUGUCAGAUUCCAGUGAUGAGGACGGCGAUUUUGGGCAGAAGUUGCCACCGCUACACAUCUACCUUAAGAGGGUUCUUGACAAAUACCCAGAAGGUGGACAGAUCUUGAAGGAGCUUGUACAAAAUGCAGAUGAUGCCGAAGCAAAGAAUGUGAUUUUCCUUUACGACAAGUCGCAACAUCCGAGCCAUCAAUUGUGGUCUGAGACAUUGAAGGACUUCCAAGGACCAGCUCUGUAUGCCUACAAUGAUGCAACCUUUCAGAAGCAAGACUGGUACAACAUCCAGCACCCUGAGCAGAGUGGGAAGCUAGAAGAUCUUUCCAAGGUUGGGAGGUUCGGCCUGGGGUUCAUUUCCGUCUACCAUCUUACAGACAUGCCCUGCAUCAUUAGUGGAAGCAAAAUCGGUUUCUUGGACCCACUAGAGAAGCACUUCAUCCAUGACACUCACACCAACACAAGAUACAUAGGCAGACGUGGUAAGAAGUGGAAGAUGUCAGCCAAUCUUCUGGCUAAAUUUCCAAACCAGUUUUCACCUUACCUGAUUGACUUGUUUCACUGUAAUCACAAAAACUUUGACAGUGGUCAUUUAGAGGGUACUAUUUUUCGAUUUCCAUUUCGAACCAGCGAAUCACUGAUCAGUAAGUCGGUUUUUACCAAUGAUGAGCGUGUGCGUGACCUUUUUGCGUCAUUCCAGAGAGACGCGGAGAUCUCUCUGUUGUUCCUCAAACAUGUAGAAUCAAUAACCGUUUAUGAAAGAGAUUGUUGUUAUGUGAAUCCUAAACUUAUCUGUAAGGUACAGAUCCACCAAGAAGAUCGCCAUCAGCUUCGAUUGAACAGAACAACAUUCCUGAGCCAGAUCCUCUCGAAGCAGGACAUUCAAACCAUGAACUGUGUACGAAUCCAGAAGCAAACUGGAUCACAGACAGCUCAAACGACCAGCCGAUACAUCACCUUGAACACCUUAAAAAACAAUAGCACAUCCAGACAUCUCCAGGAACUGAGCAAAGAUGAGGAACUGAAGUUGCUGCCAUGGAUGGGAAUGUCCUUCCGAGUUAGCUCCACGGGAGGUUCAGAUGACGAGCAGCAAAGUGGUCGUGUGUUUUGCUUCCUACCACUGCCAGAAAGUGAGGAGACCGGAUUGCCAGUCCACGUUCAUGGCUACUUUGGUCUUGGCGACAACCGUCGCAGUAUCAAGUGGCCAGAUCAAGAGUCCCAGCAUGACAACAAGGCACUCUGGAACGAGCUCCUCACAAAGGAAGUUUUUCCCGAAGUAUACGCAAAGGUUAUCCUGUCUGCUAUUCAGAAGAGUAAUGAUCCGUCCGAUCCAACGCAGCCGUUAGAUGUGUAUAGAGCCUGGCCUUCCAUCGGGAACAUAAAGGCAAAUUGGUUAGCAGGAGUCAAAAACUUCUUGCAGCUGGUAGCGAACGAGCCCAUCUUCUACACAGAACAUAAUGGCGGCUACUGGAUGAAGCCAACGGACCUGUAUGUUGACCCUGAGGGAAGCGCAUUGGUUUCAAAAGUGCUAAGAAACAAAGGUUGUCCUGUUACACAGCCUCCAAACCACGUUCUGGAGUCUCUUCGAUGGGCAGGUGUGUGUUACCACACGGUUACACCUGCACUCAUGAGAAUCUGUAUCAGAGGGGAUCCAUUGCAGUUCCUGUCACGAAACGAGAAGUGUAAGCUUCUUACAUAUGUGACCAACGACACAGUUUGUGAUCUGAACAACCUGUUUCUACUUCCUUUGCAGAAUGGCGAUUUUGUUGCGUUUAGUAACAAUGCGCCUAAAGUAUACAUUGCGACCACAGAGAAUCCAAGUUCUCUGAUCCUAAAUGGGGCGUCAAGAUUUGCUGCGAGCGAUCUACCAUCAGCAUUGUUGACCGAUCCAAAAACGGAGGCGUACACACAGCUAAAACCUCUUGGCGUUAAUGAUGUUGCACCUCUGUUGAAAGAGAUGCUUCCAAGCACGUGGAGAGGAGGAACAGAUGAUACCGUGCCAUGGACCCCAGGACGAGGCCAACAACCGACAAGGGAGUGGUUUGCGGAGUUUUGGAGAUGGUUGGUGAAAACAGACCUUGAGGCGUUCAGAGGUAUUCCCCUCAUCCCAGUUGCACGCGAUAGCAUUGCCAGACUACAACAGAAUAGGCUAAUUUGCCAAGUGCGGGAGGGGGGCUCUUAUGGGCGUUAUCCUGCACGGUUGUCAGAUAACAUCUGCUCGUUUCUUGAGUCUAUCGGAGCCGUUGUUAUACGGGAUCUCCCGUCUUAUGUAAGUGAUCACCCACAUGUCAACAGAUUUGUUAGUGCUCCAACACCUGAAGGAGUAAUGACCAUUCUAGAGGCAUGCAGCAACAAUAACCUCGAUGCACAGGUUCAAAGACUGGCUUCAAGCAUAAAAGACGAUCUACGUGCUCUCCUCGCAAAACUCCAGCACCUAACGACCCGACAAAGUGACAUCUUGAAGUCUCUCCCUUUCUUUCUAGGAAGUGAUGAGAAAUAUGUCUCAGUGAAGACAUGUCCAAAAGCAGUUCCUGGUGACUUUUUUGGAUUACCGGUUAGAGCUUUCAGACGUCGAUGCCUUAUUCUAGGAUCUGACGAGUCGGACAACCUACUGCUACGACUUGAUGUUCAAAAGCAAUCUGUUGAUCAGUUUCUACAAGGAAACGUCCUUCCUGCAGUACAGAAAGGGUUCUACAGUGACGGCGGUUCACUGAAGAUCAUGAAGUGGGUCUUGGAGCAACCACGAUUUGACCAUUUGGUGACAGGUCUUAAGUUCAUUCCAAUUUCUGGAUGCAGAGCAAGUCCAAAGGAGCUGUUUGAGCCCUCUGAAACUCUACAGGUGUUGUUUAGAGGCGGCAGUAACAAGUUUCCAGUGGGACAGUAUUCCGAAGGAAGACUCCUAAACUACCUGAAACGGAUCGGACUCAAAUCAGAGGCAAAUGUGACACCAGAUGAUGUUUUAAGGUGUGCAAAAGAGGUUUCCCAAACCACAGGCGGAGCUGAUGUUGAAAGGGGAUCAGUCCUUUUACAACAUAUCAACUGCUAUCCUGCUAUCUUAAGUGAGCAGGUCACGAGCAACAUGAUAUGUAAAGCACUGUUUAAAUUUCUUGAAGAUCUGUCCUGGGUUCCUUGUGAAGCUUCACCACCUGCAGACUACCCUAAAAAGGCUGGUUGGAUUGGAAACUCCCAUAAACUCUACUCACCCAGGCAAGUAGGACUUAUUGAUUCUGCACUGAUUCAAGGCUCUGUGCUCCCUCUUGUCGGGUUACAUGAUGUCAAAAGUGAACUACUGAAUGUCUUUGGAUGGCAAAAGAAUCUUGAUUCCAGCAACUACCAACACGUCGAACGGGUAGUUCUUCACCUCAAGAAUGUUGCAAACAACUACCAGAAUGUUCAUGAUAAUGCGUAUAGUGUUGCUCUUACUGUGUCUACGAUAUAUUCCUUCUUUACUGCUGUGGCAAAUUUACCAUUGAGACACCUUUUUAAUAAGCACAUGAGUGCUCCACAACCAUGGGUGUGGCAUGGUUUUGGUUUCACCACUCCUGACAAGAUGGCCCUGAGCAACGGCACACUUGGUGUUACUUUGACCCCUCAUCUACGCAUUGUUCCUCAGGAUUAUCUUCAGUACAGAAGUUUCCUGAACAGCAUGGGUGUCCAGGAGACCUUCCAAGACAGCGCCCUUUGCGAAGUGCUGAAAAUUGUCAGUCAAAAGCAUGAAGCCAGCUCAGUUUCCAGUCAAGAGGAUUACGAGACAGACUUAAAUCUUGUUUGCAACAUCUUAAGGCACAUCGUAAACCAUGAAAGAUUUGACAACAACAUGUCGGGGAUCCUCGUUCCAUGUAGAAGGCAGAGAGAAGAAAGAAAGCUGCACAUGGCAUGUUCAUCUCAGUGCCUGUAUGUUGAUGAGGAGAGACUUGCAAGACAAAUAUUCGAAGAAGGUUUUCAAGACUUCGACAGGCCAAUCUGUCAUGAGUUAAUACCGAACUGGGUUGCCCAGAAAUUGGGAUUAAAACCACUGAGUCAUGUCAUUGCUCCCGUUGAAGCAGUACAGUAUGGAUACGAUGUUGCUGGUCCACACGAAACGACAGUGAAUGCAAUCAAGCGUAAUCUUGAUAUGUAUAAGGAAGGGCCUGGCAUCUUUAACGAAUUGAUUCAAAACGCUGACGAUGCUGGAGCUACUGAAGUCAAAUUCCUUCUAGACUGGCGCGAAAACAAGCACACAGCUCACAACCUACUGGGUGAAGGAAUGAAGUCAUGUCAUGGACCUGCUCUUUGGGCUCACAAUGAUGGCAUUUUCUCAAAAGAUGAUAUUACAAAUAUCUGCAAUAUAGCUGCCCAGAGCAAGAAAGAUCAGCUUGACAAAGUUGGGAGGUUUGGAUUGGGAUUCACGUCAGUUUAUCACCUGACCGAUGUUCCAAGUGUUGUCAGCGGACCGUAUGUGCUUAUUUGUGAUCCCAGAACAACCCAUCUAGGAUCCCGUGUCAAGCCUUGGCAGCCAGGCAUCAAACUUGAUCUGACAAAUGAAAGCCACAGAUGGACGCUUGAUUGUUAUCCGAACCAGUUUCAACCAUACAAUGGCAUCUUUGGUUGUAAGCUGCCUGAGGCUGCACACUACGAGCACACACUCUUUAGGUUACCACUGCGGACGAAAGCGGAAGCUGAUGGCCAACAGCCCAAUCAAAUUUCUGAUUCUGUCUUUGAUUCCAGGCAAAGUGUUGAACCGCUUUUAAAGGCUUUGCAGAAAUCGGUUUCUACCCUCCUUCUCUUCACUCAGAACGUGGCUUGUGUUACUGUGGAAGAAUUUGAAUCUGAAAACAUCGACGAUAGAAAACCUUUGAUAUCUGUCACUGUUUCACAAGUCAGACAGCUGCCACGUUCAAUUACAGUUCCAGCUGAUGACUUCAAAACUCAACGCGGAAUCCUGAAAGCAACAGCAAAACGUGUGAAAGUCCCAGGCCACAGCGUGCCAGUGCCAGAGACAACUAUGCUUGUGAAAAUUACUCUGGAAACUUGCGUGUUGGGUGUGGGUACUAACAAGAAACCCAAAGAGAAAGCAUACCACUUCAUCCUCAGCUCCUGCAUGGCAACGGGGAAGCCUCUAGAUCUCGCCCUUACCAAAGAGGGCAUCAAAUCUGGAGUUAUGCCAUGUGGUGGGGUUGCUGCUCAAUUACUAAGAGGGUUGACCCCUGAAACCACCCAGGGCAAGGCCUUUAGCUAUCUCCCUCUUGAUGUCUCAACCGGUCUACGAUUUCAUGUCAAUGGCAACUUCUUACUACAACCUAAUCGCCGCCAGCUGUGGAGCAAACCCUCCUCCGAUACGGGAGAAUUUGAGACUCGUUGGAAUAUUUGCUUCAUGGAAUCGGUCUUGUUGCGUGCUUUUACAAAUCUACUAAAAGAUCUUCAGAUUUUGCAAGAACAAGAUGUUGUUGAUGCACGCAAUUUUCAGUGUUUGUGGCCAAGACGGAGUGAGUCUGAAAGUGACUUUCAUCCUUUCGUCAAUGCCUUCUACAGGAACAUAGGAAGCAGUGUCGAUGCCCCUGAAGUAUUCUUUGACCAAAGAAAGUGGGUAUCAGUGCAUCAAUGCUUCUUCACUGAUUGGACACUGACAGAUCCCGACGAACUGAGAAGAAGCAUCAAAACCGUACUAAACAAGCAUCAGGACCCAAAAAGAUAUGUGGAGCUGGAAAGAGAUAUAGUUGACAGCAUAAGACAAGCAGACGCUCAAGAGGCUUUCGACUACAACACCUUCAACAUCCAGCGAUUUUUGUCUGAGGUAUUCUUUCCAAUGUUGGAGAAUUACCCUGAAGACAUCGAGUCUAUUCACAGAAACAAGAUCGUUCUUCAUAUGUUGGAUCUUCGUCUUGGAGAAAGAAAACUGGAAGAUUAUGAUAAAUUACUGAAGGCUACAGAGUGUAUACCGACUUCCCCAGAAGGCGAAGACUUGGCAAGACCUCGGGAUUUGGUGAAUCCUGAAUCACCAGUUGGAUCACUGUAUAGCGAGACUGACUGCCGGUUUCCACAUGGGGAGCUGUAUCGUAAACAAGAACGUCUUCUGUCUUUAUCCCAGCUAGGGAUGGCUUCGCUUGACUUAUCUUGGGAUGAUAUAUGUGAGAGAGCACAAUCUUUGUCACAUAGUGACAAUAUUGACCAGAGGUGCAUAACUCUUCUAAAGCUGAUAGAUGAAAAGCUCAGAAGGUCUGACAAGCCAACAGCCGAUCAAACUAGACGAAUCCGACAAGCAGCUUUCCUUCCAGUCCUGAAGAAGCCCCCAGGCUAUCCUAUUGAUUGGUUUCAGUCUGACGACGAGUUUAUGCCAGCAGCCAUGCUUCAUACACGAGAACACAAGAACCUUCUUGGUUCAGCUCGACCACUCUUGGACGAGAACAGAUUGGGGUCAGAGGCAAUGAGUGACACGGUCAAAACCUUUCUUGGAUUUACGGGAAAACAAGUUGCAGUCGGUGAUGUCAUUGUACAGCUUGGUAUUCUAAUUGAUAGAGCACCCAAGAUUGCCUAUCAAACAUCUGCUAUGGUUCACAGCAUAUAUUCAUACCUCCAGAGCACAUUCUGUACGGAGUCUCUAAACGGUGAUGUUACUAUCAAUGAAGAGCAUCGUGAUGUUGUUGACCAGCUUUCUUCGAUGAGAUUCGUCUUCUGUGAUGGUCAAUUCAGAGAGUGUAGGCAGCUUGCUUUUCUCUACGAAGGCAAAAAUGGACCAUAUCUGUACAAAGUUUCCCAUGACCUCAUUCAGUUCAGCAACCUGUUGCGGAUUUGCGAUGUAAGAGAUCAAUUUCAGGUGGAUGACUUCCGCCAAACUCUCCAGCUUCUGAAGGACACAUAUGGCGAGAAACCUCUGAAUCAAUCUGACCUGAAAAACGCGACGUCAAUGUUGUCAGAGGUUGUAUCCAUGUUGGCAGGAAAGCAUGGAAAACACGCUGGAGGUAGCCAAGAAAACAGCUUACAAACAGGCUUAAUCUAUGUCCCAGAUAAAUGUGGGGUUUUGCGUUUACCCGACGAGCUGACAUAUAACGACAUGGAAUGGGAGGAAAGUCGUGCUGAAGAAAAGUACACACAUCCAUCUAUACCAUCCCAGGAUGCUAAGGGUUUGGGUAUAAUCACGCGAAGGGAGAAGUGCAUUGAUAGCUGGUCACUAUUGCAGGGAUUUGCAACAGAUUUCGGCCAGAGUGAAGAACUAACGGAUCGUCUGAAAAACAUACUGAGGUCGUAUCCCAAUGUUUCUGAUGUAUUCAAAGAGCUUCUUCAAAAUGCUGAUGAUGCAGGAUCAACAGAAAUACACUUUGUUUAUGAUCCACGUCAUCAUGAAGCAAAGAAGGUCAUAUGUGAUUCCUGGGCUGCCGUAGGAGAACUUCCAUCGCUCUGUGUGUAUAAUGACAAGCCAUUCACUGAAGCAGACAUCAAAGGCAUUCAAAGGGUAGGCGUUGGAGGAAAGAGAGACGACAUUGCAACAACUGGGAAAUUUGGAAUCGGUUUCAAUGCAGUUUACCACCUGACUGAUUGUCCCAGUUUCCUUAGCAACAGUGACACCCUUUGUGUGUUUGAUCCGCUUUUGAUGUUCUCUCCAGCGACGCGGAAUACGUCACCCGGGAUAAAAUUACCGACACACGAUGGAUUCAAAAAGAAAUUCCCUGACAUGUGGAAAGGAUAUCUGGAGGAUAUACCUUUCUUUAAUGGAAAGGGGGGAACAGUUUUUCGAUUUCCACUUAGAAAGCAGCCGUCAGUGCUUUCCCGAGAGACUUACUUUCCAAUGAGAGUAGAGGAAUUGCUUGGUGACUUCAAGAAGGUGUCACAGGAAGCUCUUCUUUUCCUUAACAACAUCAAAUCGAUAAGUGUUUCGUGCAUUGAUGAACACACCAACAAACUGACAACAGAGUACUGCAUCAGUGCAAAAUUGUCACAAAACGAAGAACGACGUGCAAGGUUCACGGAGCACCUCAAGCGUUUCACAGACAACCCCAGUGAGAAAGUAGAGCCCAUGUCCCAUGUAUACACCCUCGUGACAAGUGACUCGCUUGGCAUUGAACAAACAUGGCUCAUUUCUCAGAGGCUCGGAUUUAAAGGUUCUCUCCCUGAAUUUCAUUCGGUGUCAAGAGCUUUUAGUUUAAAGAGGCCUCUUCCACGAGCUGGAGUAGCGGCUCUCCUCAAGGACAGCAGAAUGAAGAUGGCACCAAGUCAGAUGCACAAACAGCCGUGCAAAGCUUACUGCUUUCUCCCACUGCCGGUUUACACCGGAUUACCAGUGCAUGUGAAUGGGACGUUUGAGUUAGAUUCGGCAAGAAAGAAUCUUGCAAAAUGCGAUGAUUAUGCGAAAUCAGGUACUUCUGACGAAAGAGGUCUCAUCCAUAGAUGGAACCGAAUACUAGUGGAAUAUGUACUUACGCCAGCCUAUGCUAAAUUAAUCGAGCAAGCGGGACCAAUAGUACUUGGGGGAGCUGAUGUCAAGUCUUUGAAACAGCACCUUUGUCGGUAUGAUGACCUUUUUCCAAAGCAUUUAAAGAUGUACCAUGGAGAGUGGGAACUCCUAGCAAAAGCGACACUCCAGUACAUCGGUAAGGAAAACUUGAAGGUUUUACCUGUUGUACAUCAAACCGAAGAUGCUGUCACAACCACCUGGCAUCAUCCAAACAGUGAUGGCAGUCUUGCUUUCACGGAUAACUUCAAUGCCGCAUCGCCCGAAGCAGGUGUGAACUUAGUGAGAGAUGAUACAGCACGUGAGUUAAUACGCUCUUUUUUACUGAGGGUCAACUUUAACCUACUGGCCAGCUCCCCUGACGUAUGUUUGGCGUUUCAAGCUUGUGGUGUUGAAGCAAAGUUUGUUAAUCCAAAGUCAGUAGUUCAACAUGUUUCAUCUGGAUCUCACCAAGUGGCACAGGCCCUCCCUGCUCCUUUGGAGACAACCGAAUUCAAGAACAUCAAGACUCUACGUACUGUGUUUGAGUACUGCCUUGAAGGUAUCAGAAAUCCAGCUGAGUUGAAUGGCUUACCCAUCCGUCUAACAUCUGAUGGCAUGCUGCGUGAGUUUUCAACAUGUGAUGGUUCAUAUGUGACAGACCACUCUAGGCUGCUACCAUGUCUGAAGGAUAUAUUCCUUCACAGCGGGCUUGUUUCAUCUUGCAUUGCUUGGUUCGAGAGGAAAGGGAAUUCCAUGGCAGCUUAUAGCAGUGGAGUGUUUAAACAAUUUACCAUCACUGAGCUGGCUAAAUAUCUUGGGAAGUAUCUGCCCGAGAGGUGGCAGGGUUGCACACAACACGUGGAAUGGACGCCAGACAGAAAAGGCCAUCCCUCCAAGACGUGGCUUGGACACCUCUGGGCAUUUAUCUGCAGUGAGACAUUGAAGGGGGGCUCGCUGGAUUCCAUCAACCACUGGCCAAUAUUUCCAACUACGUCCGGUAAACUGGUGCCCCCUUCUUUAUCUAAAACAGUGUUACUCCUGCAAAACAGUACAGUUGGACUUGGGAUGCAGACAGUCUGUGCUUUGCGUAAACUUGGUCUCCCAGAAAUCGCAACAUUAGCCAUGUGCGAGCUCAAACCAACGUAUAAAACUGGUAAGUUAGCACUAGUGUCACACGCUCCACCGGGACUAGACAAAUUCCUGGAAAAACACUUGGCUUUGCCAAAAUCACGGCAGGCUGUCACAAGUGUUAUCAAUUAUGUGUUUGAGACAGGUGGGGUUAUUGGUGAUCUAACACUCGCAGAGAGCAACACCCUUCUUCAGUAUUUUCAGGAGGAUGAAAAUCUAUCACGGGACAGCAUCAGAACUGUCAAAAGACUCCCGGUUUUCAGACUUCUUGAAGAAGAGAAGACCACUGACCUUCACCACUUCGAUCAUUACCACACAGCAGAAGGCAACGGAAUGUUGAUGGUUGAAGCCAAGACCUGGAUGGACAACAUGAGCUGUGUUAUUCUUGAGCCCAAUCGUAGCUUGGUUUGGAUCUACAAACAGCUUGGAAUAACUCCAAUCACACAAGCUGACAUGUACCUCACGUACAUACUUCCCAGUUUCCAAGUGCUUAGCCAAAAUGCUAGAUUGGAGCAUUUCAAAUUCAUCAUAAACAACGUCAUACAUGAGGCUCAUGAACAGAAGGGAAAGGAAAUUCUGAAGCAGCUCUCUCACAUUCCGUUCAUUCCAGAUGAAACAGGUAUUCUGCGACAUGCAAGCUUCUUCUACGACGGUGCCAAUCGUGUCUUCAACGCUAUGAUCGACCCAAUCAAGUUGUUGCCUGAAUCCAUGGGAAACUUGAAACAUUUGCUGGAGAAGAUUGGUUUUCAUUCAAGAGUAACCCAAGACUACUUCCUUCAGUUUGCACGCGACGUAGAAAAGAGGGCUGUUAAAGUUAAAGACAAGGAAAAAUGGGAGAAAUUGUGUGUCAUCUCUCGUAUUCUGAUAAAUGAACUUGACAUGAACAGUGAGCUCCGUGAUCCAGACUUCCUAAAGACCAUCGCUACAAUCAAGUUCGUUCCAUCCGUCGUAAUUAAGUCUGAACUGCUACAAAUCCACCCUUCCUUGUCUUCAACCGGCAAUAACAACAACCAAGCGCCUGCAUUCAUUGCAUACAAAGGAUCGAUGUCUGAUGCCAAUUUAAAGCUAACUUGGACAGCGUGUAUGGUAUUACCGCGAGAGGCUGUACCGACAAAUUACAUCAUAGGAAACGGUGUAACUGUUCAUAGCUGUCUUGGUAUUGAAACGUCUCCAAUUGCUGACAAAGUUAUUUUGCAUACACAAAACAUUUGUGGACAGAUGGAGAAAUGGAAUGCGAUUCACAAGGAAGACAUGCUGCCAGCAGGACAGAGAGAGACGUUGAAAGAAGUCAUGGGCAAGAUUCUGGGAUACUUGAAAGAUCUAAACAUGGCUGAGCAUGGUGGGGACAUUAAACGUCGGUUGAAGUGCACUCCAGUAUGUCUUGUGGAAGAAGGGCGUGUAUUGGUGAGAGCGGAUCAGCUGGUGUUUAAAAUGGACCAAGAUCUUGAGCCCUCUUUGCGCCCGUAUUUGUACAAAGCACCACGAGAAUUGGCACAGUUUGAUACUAUCCUUAGACUGCUUGGAGCCCAGGAGUCAUGUUCCUUGGACCAGCUGGCAGGAGUAUUGGCGUCAAUGAAAGUGGAAUGUGGUCGUGAACGUCUAGAUCCCAACGAAAAAAAUAAAGCCGUGAGUGCUGUUCGGACAAUUUUCCGACUGUUACGCAAUGAGAGGGAUCAAUCAAAGUUUUCUGUGUCCGAGCUUUAUUUACCUAAUGCAGAAUACUUUUUGAGGAGGUCAACAGAUCUGUACUAUGCUGAUCCAAACCAAAUGGAGCAUUUUAAUCUUGCAUCCACAGACAGAGAAUUCAUCCUUCCCUUUACGCAAUGCGGAUUUGGGCUUCAGGAGGAAAUGCGUCUCGUUCAAUUUCUGCCAGAGUUUCUCCGACCUAAGAAUCUUGGGAAUGAGAUAAAUGAGAAGCCGUUAGACACCAAUGAAGACUGCCCCGCUGGACAGCAUUGUGAUUAUCUGGAAGGCGUCAAGCGUAAGGUGAAAUCAGAGGAGAUGACUCGAGUCUUGCUGAGACUUACACAACACCAACUAAAAAACAAUCCACCGAGUGCCGACAUUAAAGAGCGCAUUACGCAACUCCAGCAAUUUGACAAGUUCGUCUGCAAAGCCGAAUUGAAACUUGGCUUAUACGACAAUGAUGGACAAAAGAUUGCAGAGCAACAGCACUCGCGGAGCGCGUAUUUCGAAAAACGGAUGGGCAUAAUAUACCUGGAACACUCUUCACUAUCUCAGGAGAAGAGUUUGACUUUUGGGCAAAUUGCAAAAUGUUGCAAUGUCCUCCUAGGAGGUCUACUAGAUUCUGAACAUCAAAGUCUCUGUGCGGAUGCUUUGGACUGUCAAAAUCUUGCGGAGAUGAAUACAAUUCUUUCCAAGUCUGACAUAUCUGAGUACGACACCACAACACCAGAUGUUGAACCAGACGAGCACAGACCGGGAACUCUAAUACCUAGAGAUAUUUAUCACCUCCUUGAUCACGAUCCCUACAAUCGUUUCCUCGUUGGUGACAUAGUAGGUUAUGAAAGAGACAUUGACGACGCAGACCAGUUACAGUACGAUGACAACGACGACCUUGCAUUUGACACGGGUGAUAGGGUACCGUCAGAAACACCGGCGGAUGGUGCUACUGAGAAAAUAUAUGCAACAAUCCUUGAGCAGAUUGACAAGAGUGAUGAGACAGUCAACUUAUCUAAACGAUUCAAAAUUGACAUCGGAGAAAAGGAUCCCAUCAUUGUUAAAGUGACAACACUUUAUAAAUUCCUACGACCAAAGAAACAACCAGACAUGACAGUCGUUCCUUUCACCGGAGAACCCACAUCUGAUGUUCCAUCUGCGGCAGAUGUUGAACAAGCUCUUCCAGAAGACAUGCAGGAAAUCGAAGAGCAGAUUAAGAAGGAGGUUGACGAAGUAUUUAGAAUGCCGCUGGAGGAACGUAAAAAAGUUUUGUACCGUCUCUAUCGCAAGUGGCAUCCCGAUAAGAAUCCAGGCCAGCAGGAACGUGCCAGUCAGGCAUUCCAAUUCCUCAAACAGGAAAUAGAAAGGCAUGAGAGGGAUGAUGAGUCCAGCCAGCGGUGCUCUGAUCAGUAUUCCAACUGGGAAUCAGAUGUCGAUAGGGACAGGGAGGAAGCCAGAAAAUAUCAAGAGAAGUAUUACCGAAGUCAGUCUAGCGCCAGAUCGUACAGAUCAGAAGGCAACUUUGUGCCGCCGUCCUUCACCGGCGCCAGAUCAAACAGAUCAUAUGGUAACUUUGUACCGCCGUCCUUUACCGGCGCCAGAUCAAACAGAUCAGAAGGUUACUUUGUGCCGCCGUCCUUUACCGGCGCCAAAUCAAACAGAUCAUAUGGCAACUUUGUUCCACCGUCCUUUACCAGAGAGACCCCAGAUCUACGACAAGCACGGCUAUGGUUCCGUCAGGCCAAGGAACACCUUAAGGUUGCAGAGCAGACGAGCCAACAUGAACCAGUUCCGACUCAGUGGAUAGCCUUCCAGUUACAUCAGGCCGCAGAAACUGCUCUUAAAGCUGCUCAGUACAGUCUGGACGGACAUCCAGACAUAAACAGUAACGAUCUAAUAUCUCUAGCAAGAACAGUUUGCCGGCACAGGGACGUCAUUUCUGUUCGAGUGUUUGAAGUAACACUUGAACUCGUUCGUCGGAAUUGCGACUUCACUAAACCUCGCUACCCACAGAGGAACUCAAAGACAAGUGGGCAGGAAUACAGUCAUUUCAGCACAGCGGACGUUUUGGAGAAGUGUAAAGAACUACUGAACCUUGUCCAAGAGAUAAUCGGUAUCAGGUUGUUUUAGACAUGAUGCAAAUAGGCAAAAAGCUGCAUUCGUUUAAGAAAAUAACUGAAUAAAUGGCUCGAAGGGCCUAGAUGUCGUGUGUAGUUUGUGCGCUUCAUUUUGACUAUGCUGAAUUUCUGUAUAAAUUCUAUUAUAGUAUGUUCACGUGCCUUCGAUUGAUAAGCCUUAGUCGGAGAUAACCGAGUCAUCAGGAGACACUGGGGCGCUGCACUUGAUGUACUGACGUCAAAAACGUCAAUUUCUUAUUUUCUCAUCUGUUUUAUACGCACUGAGAUAAUACAAUUACGUAUAAGAAGCUGAUGCUACUUUAAAAUAAAUCUUGACGUUGUCAGAAGUUGCUCGAAGACUCCUAUGCCUGAUUCUGUCUUGUUCCUUGUUCAUAGCCAAGUAACAGUUAAAUUGUUGAAAGAGACACCCGUGAGCUUGUUAAUUGUAGAUGCUUUUUUGUUUGUUUACGGUUACAUAGACAAGAGGUAGGAUUAAGGUGUUUGUAAAUAAGCUGUACUCGAUUUGGAAAUUCACAUAGAAAAAAAUCGAGCGCAAGGGUUUAUAUGUGCUUUGUAUUUGUAACAAUAUAUGUAGGACAUUUGUUAAGCGCAAAGUACUUGGUAUAAAAUUACCAAAAAAACACAUUUCUCAUGAUUAGCAAGGUCAUCAAAUACUUGUACAAUAAUUUAAAUACCACCCAUAUACUGCAUACAUGUAUGCAUGUACAAAGAUAUACAAUUUGUUGUGUGGAUUCCACACCCUUGAAAGACAAUGUUGUGCAUUUGAUAAAAUAACUCAUGCUACAACAAGAGUUUCUAGUGGAAGGCAAAAUAUUUAGUUUUGCAAUCGUAUUGCUUUGGAGAGAUAGCAGAAGCGUUGUAUUACAUUUAGUUUUGAAAAGGUAUCCAGCUUAGUUUAGAUACCGAGAAGAGUUUGUUUUAGUGUCUUAAGUUUGAGUGAUAGCCAACUGUUACGAUAUUUUUUGUGUGUUGAAAUUGUGGCGGUUCCAAUUAUUGGUGUGAUAAUUAUGAUGUUCAAGUUGAUGUGUUGGUCAAAAUAUGACAGACGCGUCGCUUUGAAUCAUUACAUUUUUCCAUAUUUAUCAUACUCUGAUAUUGAGAGAUUUAUAGCUUGAGGAAUAGUGUACAGCUUCAAAAGGUUAUGCUAUGCUUAGCCGCCACACACAUGAAAUAUGUUACGAUGUUUUUAGAUGUAAGAAUUGUUUUAUCUCAAACUGUCAUGGUAGUAAAACAUAUAUGUUGAUAAAUUGAUAUGAAAUGUUGGGGGAAAGACAUU